GUAAAAUCUAAAACAGCUCGAAUGCAGGAACUCAACGAUCUGGUAUGGUCAACAAACACUAAUGGCAACGUUCGUCCUAUUACUACCACUCAGGGAAUGCCAUUCACACCAUCCACUUCUCCGCUCCCUCUCAAACCACAAUUGUCGAAUGCUCCUGUAUACAGCAAUGCAAGACCUGCAAAUAAUGGUGGCAGUCAGCCAGUGAAUCGCAGUGGUACAUCCACCCCUCAGAGAACUGUUGCAACAGGACAGCCAUUUGGAUUAGGAAAGUCAUCAUCUCUUACUGGAUCUACAGCCAAUAAUGGUGUCGGUAGUAAUAGCAACAAGGCAAAUGCGGAUGAUGUUUUUGGAACGCUGGUGGGAGCAUUCGGAGGCGCAUCUAUUAGGCAAUCAGCAGCUCCAAUAUUAUCUAUGGACGAACAAAGAAAGCAGUCACAGCAGCAGCUAUUACAGCGACAUCCGCAGAAUCUGUCAUCAGGAAAUGCAUCAAACAUUGUCUUUCCUGUAAAUACUGCUCAAAGCUUAAUGAUAUCACAUAGCACUUCCUUGCAACCGCUGGUUUCGGCUGGAAAACCUCCAUCUCGAUCGGGCUCGCCUUCAUUGGUGCCUGUCAACGCAUUUGAUGGCUUGGGAUUGACCAUGGGAACCAGCAAUAGUCAACAUACUCGUGCCAUGUCCAACACUGCUGGACCAACUGCCCAGUCCCUGACUUUUAAUGCAGCAAAUGGAAUAUCAACUCAAUCAACUGGAAUCAUGCAGUUUGAUGGCAUUUCCUCUACCUCUCGUUUAUCCCCAGCAUACCCUUCAAACAAGCAUCAAGACUCUACAUCCAAUCUUGAUAUUCCAACACUGCAGCCUCAUCAGCUUUCAACCAACAAAAUCCGUUCUAAAUCUCCAUCUGCAACCAACUCGUCCAAACAAUCGGCUCCAUUUGCAGAUUUACUCUCUAUUAAACCAUCCGCGUCAAAAGUUUCCCAAAUGACGGUUGCAUCUCAAUCUGAAUCUACCUUGCCUCAAAGUAAGCAAACGGGAACCAUGGUGCAACCACCCAAAUCUGCAGAAGCUUGGGGAAAUAUCGAUUUUUUGGAUGCACCUGGACCUGCUAAACACACAUCGAUUGCUACAAGCGGAAAUUACACUACUGUCUCUGAUACACAUCUUGUAAAUGGAGAUAUUUUUGAUGCCUCGUUUCUUGGCUCUCAGUUUUCCAAAGAAACCAAGGUGUGCAAGCCUGUAGUAGAUGAUAAUCCACUUGGGUUACUAGCAGGUCCUGCAACUCAAUCGCCAGCUUGGGAAUCUUUGACAUUAAAAUCAACUCAAUCGACAUCUCCAACUCACUCUCUACAGUCAAACAGCCAAUCACUACCAAUUUCUCAGCCCACAAAAACUAGUAACGAUCGAAAUAUUGCACAGAUUGUGAGUAUGGGAUUUGAUGCUGACAGUGCAGCUGCUGCUUUGGAGGUAUCCGGACAAGAGGUAGCUGCCGCCAUUGACAUUCUUGUUCAGAAUCAGAAAGCGGAAGCACAGAUUCAGCAUUUUUCUUUAGCCAAUCAGGGUAUAUCUCCUACCAAAUCACAACGUCAAACAACAUCUUGCUCUUCCAAUCGACCCGAGUCAAAAUUCAACUCUGACAAUAAUACAGAUGAAUACAAAGGCUUUUAUACCGGAAGAGCGCGGGACGAAGAUGAUAUUGAACCAGGCUCUAGAGUCUUGCCUGACACCCAAAAGAUUAUAGAAAGCGCGUCUGCAUUUGGCAUGUCUGUGUUUAAAAACGCUAAAACAUUUGUGAGCUACUCCAAAAAAGCCAUUACGCAAGUGAUUGAAAAAGCUGGUGCUGAUGUGUCUGGAACUUCUACGGGAGAGACUAAAUCUCCUGGUGGGUAUGAUGAAAAUAGACAUGCUGCUCAAGAGUACUCCCAAUGGAAUGGCAAACCGUUUAAAGAUCAUGAUGAUGGAGAGUAUGAUGACUGCUACGAUGCACAUGAUGCACCCAAAGAGUCCAAGUUUUCUGAUGGUUUGAAUACACAGAAUGGUCAUGGGUGGCAAAACGAUACGACUGAUAUGAAUAUGAGCGUUUCAUCUGAUGAAGAUGUAGAUGUUUCGGUCAAGAAACAGACUAAUUGCUUGAGUGCUAUAAAAUCCGAGGGCUCAUCACAGCAGGUACCCAGUUCUAAAUCAGACAACAAUCUGAUUGAUCCUGAUGAAUUUGUAACAAUCUCUCCACCUGCACCUAGUAUGAAUUCGACGAUGCAACAGUUUUUAGAAACUGAACUGUCACAGCCAUCAAAACAACAAACUUCAUCCCCAUCAACACGACAACAACCCAAACUACAAUCAAGUGCAUUAACCACAUCUCCACACUAUAUCUCGGCAGAAUCAACCAAAUCUCUUGGAACCGAGAUGUUUAAAAAGGGUCAAUUCAGUGAUGCAGUAGUGCAUUACACGACUGCAAUUCAAGCCUUGCAGGCUUUGAGUUCAUCCACAAUGUCAACUGAUCCAGCAUACAUGUCACUUUUGGUAACAUUGUUGACUAACCGGGCCUCAGCAAUGCUCAAAACCGGACAGUAUCGCGAAGCUAUUGCUGAUUGUACACAGGCAUUAGGUAUAUCCAGUAAUGAUUUGAAGGGAUUGCAUCGUCGUGCAUGUGCUUAUGAGGCCAUAGAAAUGUGGACCGAGGCACUCAAGGACUACCGGAUGGUAAUGGAAACAGGUGGAGCAAGUAAAUCAGUGUCAGAAGGAAUAGUCCGGUGUAACAAGGCACUUCAAGGUAGCGAUCGUAGCACAUUUGCAUCCGAAACCAAUGCCAUCAACUCAUCUGCAUCCGUUUCUCAACCAAAACUGGUCAAACCAUCAAGCGUUCAAGUUCAAUCUGCAGUGGAUGCUGCAGUUCAGAAGCUUCGUCAUCAAGCGAUCCAAGCAGAGCAAGAAGAAACCGAGAAAUUUGCGCUUGGAGAUGAGAUUGAAGCCAAAAUCAACCACUGGCGACGCAACAAAGAAGAUAACCUUCGAGCAUUGAUUUCCACGUUGAACAUGGUAUUGUGGCCGUCAUUGGGAUGGAAACCAGUUGGAUUAGGAGAGUUGGUGACACCACAACAACUAAAAGUUCGAUAUAUGCGAGCGGUUGGAAAAGUUCAUCCCGACAAGCUAGGAGUAGAUGCAACAGUUGAACAGAGAUUGAUUGCGAAUCAUGUAUUUUCUACUUUAAACAAGGCAUGGGAUUUGUUCAAGGCCAGUAAUGGAAUAUCUUGAAAUGAAAUGGAAUGUUGUGUA